UUGUGAUAAUGGCCGAACAGUGUACAUAGGUAUUGCGAAACUGGGUCAUAGUAUGUGUGACACAGCUAGUUGAUUCGUUUAGCUAACCUGUUGAAAGUGAACCGACAAAGAAAAACGGGGGAACAUUUUCCUUCCCACAGGCCAGGAUGUCAAUGUGUGCUUGGACAGCUAGAGCACGAGGCGGAGUGUUUCGGACAGCCCUGCUGGCGUUGAGGCGUUACAAGGCCACUGCAGCGUCUAUUCAGCCUAAAGAUGGCGGCGUGAAACCUUUCUCAGCUCUUCCGGGACCAAGAGGUUUGCCCAUAAUCGGUACGCUGUUCCACUCUAUGAGAAAUGCAUCACGACUUCAUGAAUCCAUCCAAGAACGUCAUGAGACGUAUGGACCAAUCUUUCGCGAGAAACUAGGGAUCCUAGAUGCUGUGUUCUUGACGGAUGUGGACGCCGUGGAAUCGCUACUGAGGCAGGAUGGGAAAUAUCCAUCCCGUAUGCAGGUCGACAUUUGGCACGAGUACAGGAACAAUUCGGGUCUAAGAAAGGGACUUUUGUUGAACGAGGGCGAGGCCUGGCAUGCUCUGAGGCGAGUGGUGGACAGACACAUGCUGAAGACCAAAACUGUGGAAUCUUAUGCUGGGGAUUUAAACAUGAUUGUCACUGAAUUCCUGAACAGACUGAACAGGAUUCUGCCCUCCGACAGACAGAUUCCAAACCCUGACGAGGAGCUGUUCAACUGGUCCCUGGAAUCCAUCAGCAGAAUUGUGUACGAGAAGAAACUGGGGUGUCUGUUAGAUGAGAAGAGCAAGGAUGCACAGGAUUUCAUCAAUAGUGCUCACGAAAUCUUUGAGACAAGCAGGCAACUCGCGUUUCUUCCUCCUAGUGUUUCUAAAGUGAUGAUGCCGAAGCUUUACAAGCAACACAUGACAGCCUGGGAUACCUCAUACCGUGUGGCCAAAGCUGUAAUCGAUGAGACAAUUGAGAGGAUUAAGCACAAGGCUGAGACGGGUGAAGGAGACGUUGGUUUCAUCACCCACUUCCUGAGGGAGAACAUGGACCUCAAGGACCUGUACGUCAACGUGUGGGAGCUGAUGGCUGCUGCCGUGGAUACGACUUCAUACACUACACUGAUGAUACUAAGCGAGAUAUCACGUUGCCCACGUGCACAGGACGCCAUCUAUGAAGAAAUCACACGAGUUGUCCCCCCUGGCGAGCAGCCAACUGCAGAUCACCUGAAGGAAAUGCAUUACAUCAAGGCGGUCAUCAAGGAGACGCUCAGGUUGUACCCGACUGUUUGCGGCAUCAGCAGGAUCAUGCAGAACGACAUUGUACUUAUGAAUUACAGUAUUCCUAAAGGGACCAAGAUAUGGAUGGACCCGUACACCAUUGGACGUCUGGGAUGUUACUACGACGACCCCGACACGUUCCUCCCUGAACGCUGGCUCCGAGCUACCAGGACCACAAAGACGAACCCUUUUGCGUGGCUGCCGUUUGGGUUUGGAGUCCGAUCAUGUGUGGGCCGGCGCGUUGCUGAACUCGAGAUGCAACUCUUAGUCUCACAGUUUGUGCGCAAGUUCAGACUAGAAGCCAUUUCUAAAGAACCAGUCCCAAUGAAGUUCGACCUCCUUCUACUACCAAAGGAUCCUGUAAGAAUCCGUCUCACAGAGAGAGAUUCACUGUAGCCAUAGAAUGGUAACAUACCCAUUGUGACCUCUUGUGUAACCCCCGGAAAAGCCGAAUGUCGACCGGAAAGAGGCGAGUGGUUACGAAUGAAGCAUCCACUUGUGCUGCUCAUCUGUAAAUGCGCCAACAAAAGCGGAACAUUUGUCAAGCUCUGAAUCCGAUUCUUUUAAAAAGAGGAUACCAUCAAUCGCUUGGUCAAAUUCAACGUUAGGCUUCGUUUCCAUGACAACCAUAUAUCGAGACAACAUAUCCGCCAUAAAUGCAGAAUUGCUAAUGAAAUUUACUUUCAGCUGUCCUUUUGAACUAUAUGCUCUGUGAUUCCAUAACUUUGCGAUUGUUUUAUCGAACAUACACUGUACAUCUGUGCCGUUUUUGAAUAUCUUACGAAGACAAUUUACUUUUGGAUUGUGUAUACGUGAUGAUCUGAGGUUUACAGAUGACACGCGUUGAAGAAUGUGGAAUUCGAACUCUGAAUCAGAGAAUCUUAUCCCCCCAAGGGACACAGCUCACCACAGCGAUAAAACUGGUCCCACCAUGUGAGGAGUACACAGUGUGUUUUUCAUAUGUAGCAUGGCCGGGUCUGUUUGAUUACUGCCCAUGGAUAACACAUUUAGAGUGUUGAUAUACCCAUGAACAACACAUUUAGAGUGUUGAUAUACCCAUGAACAACACAUUUAGAGUGUUGAUAUAGCUACCCAUGAACAACACAUUUAGAGUGUUGAUAUACCCAUGAAUAACACAUUUAGGGUGUUGAUAUAGCUACCCAUGAAUAACACAUUUAGAGUGUUGAUAUACCCAUGAACAACACAUUUAGAGUGUUGAUAUACCCAUGAACAACACAUUUAGAGUGUUGAUAUACCCAUGAAUAACACAUUUAGGGUGUUGAUAUAGCUACCCAUGAACAACACAUUUAGAGUGUUGAUAUACCCAUGAACAACACAUUUAGAGUGUUGAUAUAGCUACACAUGAAUAACACAUUUAGAGUGUUGAUAUACCCAUGAACAACACAUUUAGAGUGUUGAUACACCCAUGAAUAACACAUUUAGGGUGUUGAUAUAGCUACCCAUGAAUAACACAUUUAGAGUGUUGAUAUACCCAUGAACAACACAUUUAGAGUGUUGAUAUACCCAUGAACAACACAUUUAGAGUGUUGAUAUACCCAUGAACAACACAUUUAGAGUGUUAAUAUACCCAUGAACAACACAUUUAGAGUGUUGAUAUACCCAUAAACAACACAUUUAGAGUGUUGAUAUAGCUACCCAUGAACAACACAUUUAGAAUGUUGAUAUACCCAUGAACAACACAUUUAGAGUGUUGAUAUAGCUACCCAUGAAUAACACCUUAAGAUUGUUGAUAUACCCAUGAAUAACACAUUUAGAGUGUUGAUAUAGCUACCCAUGAACAACACAUAUAGAGUGGGGAUAUAGCCAUGAAUAACACAUUAGAGUGUUGAUAUAGCUACCCAUGAACAACACAUAUAGAGUGGGGAUAUAGCUAUAUGUAAACGAGGGGGGUUCAGAUGGUGGAGACCAUCUGCAUAUGUUUCCAUGACGAGAAGUAAAGCCCUGCGAGUUAUUUGAAUGGUAAAGGCGUAGCUGGCCUUGGAAACCAUACGAGGAGGUUGAGUAAGACCUAUAGGUUCGGCCUUGAAAACAUGGAUCUCGUGGUGCCUAAUAUUUCUUGAAUGAUAAACGAAUGGUAAAAGCU